AUGUCAAAUAUUAUUAAAAACGAAAUUCUCAAAGAUGAUGAAAAGUUAAAAUUCAAAUUACUUUUCACUUCAAUUAAUAAAAAAAAGACUUUUUUUAUAUAUUCAACUUCAAAAUCGAAACAGAAAUUAGAUCAAACUAACAAUGUACCAUUUCUACCCAACCUUAUACAUGAUUCAUUUAAUCAAUAUACAUGGGAAGAAGAAGCAAUUCCUCAAAUAUUCACAGCUGCAAUCCAACACAUCCAAUCACACUAUGUGAUCGAAGAGACAAUCAUCAUGCGGGAUGCACUAAAACGAAUAACCUGGCCACGAUUUAGAUCAACGGCAAAUAAUGCACAAGAAGCAGAAUGGCAAGAAAUAUUUCUGAAUAAUACGGAUAAAUAUUUACCUGGAUUUAAAUAUCUUUGGGAAGUUGAGUGGGAACCGGUGCCAGGGCGUCCGGAUCUUGGCCAGAAUGAUUUAAUUAUGACCAAUGGAUACGGCGUAUUUGCAGUGGUCGAAGUUAAAUUGAUUUAUGAUGAAGACGCAGUUGACAAUAAACGAAUUAGAAAAGUUACGGAGCAAGCGAGAAAAUAUAAAGAUUGUUUUAUCAAAGAGAACAUGAAUAAUUGUAAGGUGUUGGCAGUGAUUGGUGUUACUUUUACAAAUCAAAAGAAUGGGACCGUUCGUUUUCUAGAAGAAUAUGAUUCAUUGAUUGCGAACGCAAUUGCAAAUGCAUGUAAAUUGAAUAUUGAAAAUUUCUUGUUUAACCUCAACAAUUUAAUUCAGAAUUCUG